AUGGUCUUCGAGAAACACAUCGAAGGAACACCGCCUUCAUAUAUCCAGGGUCUAUGUAGCAUCCCAACACAAGUACCAAAGCUGAUUGCUGAAUUAAUUAUUAAAUGCUGGAAUUCUCAUCCAACUGAAAGACCAGCAUCUGAAGAGAUAUAUGACACAAUAUGUAUGUGGAAUAAUGAUAUCUUAAACGAUAAACAAACUAAAUUCGUUGAACAAAUGACAAAAGCUGAUGAAUCACUUGAAAAAGUUUUGGCAUCCAACCUAUCUCAUCCAAAGGUGUAUUCCGAAGAAAUUUACACUAGUAGAAGGUUUGAUUUUUUAUCACAAAGUAUCACGGAUAAUAAAUUAG